AUGUCUGAUUCAGAGAAUGAAACCAUUAUUAGACAAUCUACGCGUCCACAAACAAGAUCGAAAGGAAUAUUGCCUUUAAUUAUCAAUGUCAUUCUUGGCCUAUUAAUUAUCAUUGGUAUUACAGUAAUUUUUAUUGACAUUAAAAAGGUCGACACAAUAAUUGAUAAAACUACCACUGAUGCAUCGACAAUAAAAGCAACAAUUCUUACAACGUCAACUAAUUCUCAUACAACAACAAUGAAUGAACUAGAAUUCAACAAUUGGAAACAAAAUACCAUUACUGUAGCUGGUGGAAAUAAACAAGGACAAAGUUUAAAUCAACUCAAUCAUCCUCAGGGAAUGUUUAUUAAUACACCGAAAAAUAUUUUCAUUGCUGAUUUUUAUAACCAUCGUAUUGUUGAAUGGAAAUGGCAUGCAAAGGAAGGACAAAUCAUUGCAGGUGGAAAUGGGCAAGGAAAUCGAACAAAUCAAUUGAAAUAUCCAAUAGAUGUUAUUUUUGAUCAACAAAAUUAUUCGAUCAUCAUUGCUGAUUGGGGAAACCGACGAGUGAUUCGAUGGUUGAAUCAAACUCAACAAAUUCUCAUUAAGAAUAUUGACUGUUGGGGCUUGGCAAUAGAUAAAUAUGGAUUUCUUUAUGCUACAGAUUGGAAGAAGCAUGAAGUAAGACGAUGGAAAAUGGGUCAGUUCAAUGAAGGAAUUAUAGUAGCAGGUGGAAAUGGUGAAGGAGAUGAACUCAAUCAACUCAAUGGUCCUACUUUUAUCUUUGUUGAUGAAAAACAAUCUGUUUAUGUAUCAGAUGGACGCAAUCAUCGUGUAAUGAAAUGGAGAAAAGAUGCAAAAGAAGGAAGAAUUGUGGCUGGAGGAAAUGGUGAAGGAGAAAAUCUCAAUCAAUUAUCUUCACCUCAAGGAGUAGUUGUUGAUCGUUUGGGUGAAAUCUAUGUGGUGGAUUGUUGGAAUGAUCGUGUAAUGCGUUGGUGUGAAGGGAAAGAAGAAGGUGAAAUUAUUGUUGCUGGACAUGGUGAAGGAAAUCAAUCAAAUCAAUUGAAUCAUCCUCAUGGCUUAUGUUCUGAUCAUGAAGGAAUGCUUUAUGUUGCUGAUUAUUUGAACCAUCGAAUUAAAAAAAUUCGAGAUAAUUUUGUAAAACCUCGAAUACUGCUCUAA